AUUUUAGGCUCAUAGUUCUGUCAUUAUUUUUAAUGAUUUCUGUGACCUUCUGAGGUUUCUACGGUGAUGUGUGUGUUAGCAACUUAUGAAGGUGUACUAGCUUUCCCCUUGAUUCCUAACAAGCAUGAUUUCUCUUAAUACAAGAAUUAUUUACAUAUUAUCAUAAGCUUGUUUGGUCGUCAAAUCAAGUCUGGUUUAUAUCAGCAACUCCACCAAUUGAAUUGAAUUGAAAUGAGGAAGCACAGAAAUGUAUCAUGCGAAAAUGAUUCCCUCAAUCAAAUUGGCUGGUUGAAGUUAGACUUUGAUGUUUUAGUUUGUUUGAUUUUCCUAUAUGUAUUUGCAGAUAGAUUUUUCGGUGGAGCUGGUGAAGGAGGUGGACAUAGGCUGCACAGGAGUGUACGGACAAACAGAUCUUUGGCGAAGGCUGGGAACUAAGGCAGGGUUGUGAACCAGGGCAGGGAAAAAAUGGGGACGCAAAUGUAUAGAGGUGAGCAAGACCACCCUGUAUUCUGUAGUUUAAGUAUCAUAGUAGAAAGCAUGCAUGGAUAAUCAUAUAGUUUGUUGUCUAAAGUGACCAUAGUAAAAUUCCUCGAGUUCCAGAAUACCAUAUAAAAUAACAAUAUGUAAUUAGUAAGGAAAAGAAGCCAUUUGAUUAAACAGAACAAAUGGUUGGGAAAAUUGUUAGCACAUGACGAAUUGCUCGGAAAAUUACAGGCAUUGCGAAUAAACAAAGUUGUGAAGGUUGUCUAUGUUCUCCUAUAUGCUGUGCAGAUACUGAAACUUGUAUUUCCUCUGUACCAUAAUAAUUAUAGUUCUCCCCAACUAUAAUUAUUAUGGUACAGAGGGAGCAGAAUGCAACCUACUGCAGCACCAUUUAUACCUUCAGAGUCUGUCUUCUGGUCAUCCAAGUCCCAGUUGGAGAGUUCUGCAUGCACUAACACUGAAUAACGCACAUGCACAGGCAGCAGCAUGCAUUUCCAGCCCACCUCUGUUUCUGUUCUGCAGCAUCCUCCCUGUUUUUCAUUCAUUUUUGCUCUCCAAAACGGCCAGUUGCUACUCUGGAUACAAUUUCAUGACACAAGUCACAUUCUGCAUGCAAUUUACCAUGCAGCCAAAACAUUUAAUUAUUUCCUUGCUACAGAUGAACAUUCUUCAGACAAAACAUUCUUCAGCCAUUAUGCAUUCACACAACACAGAUGAACUAACACAACCACAUCAGUUGCAGUCUUCAAAAGCAGUCCUCAACUUGAGCAGAGCAAAGCAGAUACUGCAGAAUGCAAGCUUAGUUGUAGAAUUUGCAUCGUUGGAAAACUGAAUUAGGACUCACUUUGGAAGAAUAUUAUUAUUAUUAUUAUUGCCUCUUAAAUAGCCAAGAAUAUUGUUUCUGGAAGAGUGGAGUUAUAUGUAGUGUGAUCAUGUUGUUCACUGAACUGAAUAUUGUGGAAACUGCCAGUUUAACUAGAUCAUUUAGAAUCUAUUUGAAUAAAACUGAGAAAGCAGCAUAAGGGAAUGACUGAAAAUCUCAUUUUCACAAGAUUACUAGCUAAAUUUGUUGAGUUCAUGUUUGUGCUUCUUGAACUGCAUCACUUUUCAUAUGUCACUAACUUGGUACUCAUCUAUCUUUUUCAGGUCAUGCCGUCAUGGUUGCACUGGUUCUUCUUACCACUGUCACAGCAGCAAGCCCGAUGACUGGCUAUUGGGAUUAUCUCUGUGACGAUGGCAACUACACUGCGCCCAGCAAAUACCAGCAGAACCUUGAAAAACUGUCCACCACGCUGCCCGAGGCGGUCGCCUCUUCCCCCACUUUGUUUUACAGGCAGAUAGCUGGUUCCAGCCAGGACAGAAUACAUGCUCUGGCAAGAUGUCAUGGUGACACAGAGGCGUAUGACUGCGAGAGAUGUCUCACUCGGGCCUUCCAGGACGCCCGGGUUGUAUGCACAUUCAGGAAGAGUGUUUCUAUCUACUAUGACACGUGCAGUCUCUGGUUCGCUGAGAAGAACAUCAAAAUUCAUCUUGGAUAUUGGAAGUCAGACCUUAUGGCGGAUGGUCCCCCAAUACCUGCCUACUGCAAGGCAUUCAAGAAGGAUGCCAGUACACUUAUUGCAGACGUGGCAAGAAAGGCAGCAGAUUCUCCUCAAAGGCAUGCCACGGGAGAAAAGGAUCGUGAUGAGCGUGCCUGCAAAUACAAACUGUACAGUUAUGCUGACUGUUUACCUGGAAUUUCAGCUGCUGAGUGUCAGGCCUGUUUGGAAGAUCUGACCACUACACCAAACCUGAGUGGUGGGCAAAUGGGUGAGCGAAAGGCUACCCUAUUGUGCAGUUACCGGUUGGAGCCUUAUCAGUUCUUCAAGGCUACGAAAGGUGAGUUACCAUGAGAUGCAGAAUUGAAUG